GAAUAAUUUUUUUCUUCACUUUUCCAUUUCAGGUCAACUUGAAAACGUCCAGUAAGAAGUACCAUUGGCUGGCAAAGCAGAAGACGCGCGAUGUAAAGGCAAAACGAUGGACGAAGCAGUUCACCCAAGAGGAGCAGGACGAUCGAAAUAAUCGACAAUUGUAUCAGCGAAUGCCAUCACCACUGGGCAUACUCUGGAUUGAUUACGUUCAUCAUCGUAUCAAAAUGCUCAAGAAAGGAAUGGCCGUGUAUACAACACCGAAAUACACGCUGUUGCAGUUUGACAAGUACGUCGAAUCGAAUCGAACCGUUGAUAAACUCACUGGGAAUUUGGUCAAUCAUAAAGCCGCAAUUAUUCACAUGGGAAAUGCAGAAAUAUCACCAAACUCGUGCAUUCGAAUCAAAAAGCAUGUGAGAGCUCCAGGUACGCGCAAACUACUCAAAGGCUUUCGAAAACGUCGCAGUUGUCGUGUGCGCAAAACAGAUGAGUGGGGUACAUCGCAGCAUUGUGCAAAGUGUGGGCGACGAUUUAAUCCAGCCACAAGGAGCCAUCGAUUCAAAGUGUGUGAAAAUUGUGGAGCGGAGCCCGAUUCAAUUUUCGCCGAAUAUUUACCAUCAAAAAUCGUAGCACAGCGCAGCAAACGGCAAUUGAGGUACAACAAAGAUGAAGUUGAACUUUAUUUGAUGCGAUUUUGGGCAGAAGGACUCAUGACUGAGCAAGAAUUCGAUAUUGCUGCUGAACGUUUACUGUCUAAGGUGGCCGUGUAUCCAAAAAAUUGGCAAGUAAACACAGUGAGUGGUAAAUUGGAAUAUGCUCAAGUCAAUGCUGAUGCACCGUAUGCAACUGUUCAACAGCCAUAUGCAGUCGAUGAUGAAAAUGAAUUGGAAAUCGAAGACAAGCAACUACUAAUGGCUGUACACAAGACAUCUUGGGAUCGUGAUAUCGUCGCCGCCAAAUGCAUUCUCAUCAAAGGACAUUGUGAGCUGUUUGGAUGGGAUAUUCCGGCAGGAUUAGACAGACGAUCACCGCGACAGCCAGCAGUUCAACCGAAUCAGCAGCCUUAAGCGUCACCAAUCACCAUUCGUACUCGAAAAUUAAUCAAAAAUUAAUAUUGUAAUUUGUUACAUUAACUGAGACUGACUGUUGUGUCUCAGCAUUUCGAGGAAGUACUUCUAGGUGUUUUUUUCUAUAUGGGAAACACCCUAAUGUAUGUAAAAAUUAAAUAUAUAUACCCGACGACAGAUCUCUCCUUCGCAGGCCUCAACAAUAGCACGAUUUUGAACGCGAUUCAUCCAGGUCGAUAGUAAAGUAUCAUUGUUUGCCCCCCACAAAACUACAGAUAUAAUGUGCUGUUUCUCACGCAAUUCUUGUGGUGGUAAAAUUUGAAUUUUUAUCACAGCUUCGUUGGGUGAAACAGUCGUCAAAUCGACCAAAAACAAUUUCACCAACGGAUUAUUCGUUCCACUUUUCGUUAAAAAUAAAGAGAAUUGUAUGACUGAUCUAGAAUUGCAGUAAUAGAUUUAAUUUAAAAUAACUAACGUUUUCGGAUAUGGAAAAUCAAUGAAUCCAGGAUAUUGAUCACGGGAAGACCCAGGAGCACCAUAAACCGGAAUCGCAAUAUGAUUAACAGGUGAAUCGUCAAAUUGUACAUAAGCUAGUUUUUUAUUAUCAGGUGAUAUCCAGGCAGCAGUUUUUGUUGAAAAAAUUUCCUCUUCAUACACCCAAUCACAUAUACCUAAGGAAAAAUAAUCAUAAAACAAUCAAUAAUAAUUAAUAAGCAAAUUUUUAAGGGAUUUGAUUUUUGCCAAUCACGUAUACCAUUAUAAAUAUUGGCACUGCCAUCAUUUGUU